AUGACGGUCGUGAUUGUUUCCAUGUUGAUAUUAAGUGUGCAUGAUGCAAUGUCUGCCACAGGAUUGCUCAUUAAGCCCCGAGAGGGCAGCAUUGCUGGAGGAACAUGGAUUACUAUUACCCUGGAUGGUUCAGCAUCCCACCAGGCAGAACACGUCUCUUCAGCCAGCCGGUCCCACCUGGAGGUGUCCCUGGUGAACCCAGACCUGCCCAGGUUGCCAUGCGAUGUCUCUCCUGGGUAUUUUGGCUUAUCCAGUAUACGAUGCAGAACAAGGCCUUCAUCCCAGGAAGGUUUGUACUAUGUGGAGGUGACCUUUAAAGGACGUGUUAUUAACAACUUGACCGGGGUGGAGAAAGAAAAUUAUACUUUCAAGUUUUCUGCUGCACAGACACCUGUGGUUUACCAAAUUAGCCCACCAUCUGGCAUCCCAGGAAAUUUAAUAGAGAUAUAUGGGAAGACAAUUGCUGGAAGAUAUGAGACCUUGGACUUCAAUGUGGAUUAUAUUGAUGGACCAGCUAUUCUUAUGGCAGAAGGAGAUGGAUGGACCAGCCUCUGCUCUUUUGCUGACAGACAGACUGGAAGCAUCUACCCAAUUCAGGCAGAAGAUGGAGUGGGGACUAUGCAGUGCCAGGUGGAAGGGAACCACAUAGGGUCCCACAAUGUUAGCUUCUCAGUGUUUAACAAAGGAAAAUCAGCAGUACACAAAGAUGCUUGGCUCAUCAACGCCAAACAGGAGCUUUUCUUGUAUCAAAUGCAUUCAGAAAUAGCCUCUGUGUUUCCAGCUGGUGGAAGUCUUGGAGGAGGCACUGAUCUCACCAUCACAGGGGAUUUUUUUGAGGAGCCAGUGCAGGUCACCUCUGCAGGUGUCCCCUGUAAAGUCAAGCAUGUCUUUCCCCAGCAAAUCAUCUGCACCACUGAGCCAGUCGGCAAGGGCAGGAGGCUCGGUGCCCCCCAGCCAGGAAAUAGAGGGCUUCUCUUUGAAGUUUGGGAUGAUGCCUCUGAUCUAACAGAAACAGGUCCUGGAUAUAGAUGGCAAUUUGUACCUAAUGCCAGCUCCCCAGUAAGAUUUCUGUCUGCGGCAAAGCACUCCUUCAGCUCCAGGCUUCGUGGAUUUUUUGUGGCUCCUCAGACCAACAACUACACCUUCUGGAUUCAGGCAGAUGGACAGGCAUCUCUGUACUUGAGUUUGUCUGAAGAUCCAGGACAUAAGGUGAGAAUAGCUUCUAUCCCCGCUGGCAAUUCUGAAUGGUCUGGGAACUGGGUGAAGAACUGGAGUGAGAGCUGGCAGCCGAAAUCGCAGAAAUUUGAGCUAACUGGUGGCCUGAGGUACUACCUGGAAGCACUACAUCACGGAAAGGCACCCAGCAAUGGGAUGAGAGUUGGAGUCCAGAUACAUAACACCUGGCUGAAUCCCCAGGUGGUGAACAGCUACUACAGGGAGAGACAUGAAAUUCGGGCUCGUGCCUUGCAUCUUCCAGAAGUGCAGAUGCUGACUGUGACUGGUACAGGGUGGUUCAGUAUCUCCUGGAACAACGUCCUCCGCAGAAUGAUCCACACAAAUGCUACUGCUCAGCAGGUCCAAACAGCAAUAGAGGAACUUCUUUCAGUAGGAUGUGACACUGAGCCAACUUCUGCUAAAAUACUUUUCCGUGAUGGGUUUGAGAAAGAAGGUACAAGAGCCUCUGUUACCACAGGACACGUUGUCAGUGGAACAGAGCCCUUCUGUGGGAGAUUCAGCAUUCGCAGACCAAGCCAGCUGGUGAAAACUUCCCCAUCAACCCUAACAAGAUAUGAUCUUACUGAAUACACACAUGUGUGUUUUGCACAUAAAGGUCAUAUGAGCCACAUCUUUCAUAUCUCAGUGUCCUACACCAAUGUUUCUUCAUGUUCAGUGAAGAGGAACCUCACUUGCCUAUGGGAUUUCAAUGAAACCUACCACAAAAGCUGGAUGUUCACCUGCACCGAUGUCUGGAGGGGAUGUGUGAAUCACUCCACACUACUCCAGGACAUCCCUGCCACCUCCCCGGUGUUUGUGCAUCAGAUUGACUUGCUGAGUCCUACGCUGCAAAAGGAAACCCCUGCGUCAUUUUACCUCGAUGAAGUCAUCAUCACAGACAGAGCUGUGACUGUUUCUCAGAGGGAUCCCAAGACGCCUUGGCUAGGUGGGAGGAUAAUAGAAGCAGUGACUGUGGUCGGGUCUUCUCCCACUUACAAUGUGUCCUGGCUGGUCUCUGGCUGUGGUGCCAGUUUGCCCCUUCUCUCCCUAAGAGGCGCUUUGCUUUGCGAGGGCUCUGAGGAGGUUGGCUACCUCUACGUCUCCACAGAGGAUGUGAGAGUCAGCAUCACCACUCAGAGGCUGCAAAAGUCAUCUCCACCUAUUGGAGGGACCUUCCGCAUCCACUUGGCCAGCACAGUGAUUUCAGGUGUCUCCAUGCACAUCUCCUCCCACCAUCUCCACAAGCUUCUGCAAGACAACGCUGAUAACUCUACAGCCCCAUACUUCAGAGCCAGUGACUUUGUUGUGACCAAAGACUCAAACUCCUGUUAUGAAAGCAUUUGGACACUCACUUGGAAAAGAAAAACUGGGGACCUGCCCAAUGUUAUCAGUGUCUCUGCUGAAAACCUCACUGGUCUGAAGCCAACUAUUUCUAGUCGUGUAAUUUAUGAUGGAGGUGUGUUUAUUGGGCCGAUUUUUGGGGACAUGCUUGCCACUUUCAAUAACAACACACAGGUGGUGGUGGUGGUGAACGAUGUCCCUGCAAACUGUUCUGGUUUGUGCUCUUUCCAGUUCAGCCAGGAAAUGACACCCUUAGUCAGUGAUGUGGAGUAUUCAUCAGAUGAUGGAUCCCAGGCCACAGUAGUUAUCAGGGGUGUUGGCUUCACUGAGCAGAACACAGCCCUGCAGGUAGAGGGGAACAACACAACCUGCCACAUCAUAACUUUGAAUCAAACUGAAGUUGUCUGCAAGAUGGAGAGGCUGCCAGUUGGAGUCUACCAGGUGACAUUGCUAGUGAGACCUUAUGGCUUCGCACUCAAUGCCAGCACAGGAGAAGGCAUCUUCCUGAGAGUUGAGCCCAAGCUGGUAGCUAUUGAACCUCCUAGAGCUUCAGAAAUUGGAGGACUGAGAGUGGCUCUCAGGGGGACUGGUCUGGAAGGGGUAAACCUGGUGUUGUUUGGAUCUCAGCCUUGCCCAAUUUUGGAGGAUGCCAGAAAUUCAACAAGAAUUGAAUGUAAAGUUCCCUCUCGGGGGGCAGAAGAUGCUGCUGUCCACGUGACACUAGUUUCUGGGUACCAAUCAACAACAGUCACCAACUUGUUCCAAUAUGACCCUUCCUUAAACCCUACUGUUGUAUCACUGAGCAGGAACAGAAGUGGCAUAGCAGGGGGUCAGGAGCUUCAGAUUGGAAUAUCCUUGUUCACCAGCUACCGAGGGGCAGAUGUCAAGGUCCAAAUUGGGCACUCCUGGGCACAGAUCCAAGCACAGACGGACCAUGGUGUUAACGUGACCCUCCCAGCCUUGGCUGCGGGAUGGUACAAUGUUUCUGUCAUCAUCAAUGGUGUUGCUGUCACAUCAAACAGGGCCGAGCUGUUAAUCCAUUACGUCUCGGAGAUCUUCAGCAUCGAGCCGUGCUGCGGCUCCUUUCUGGGUGGAACACUGCUCACGAUCUCUGGGGUUGGCUUUAGCCAAAAUCAGUCCCUGGUUUCUGUUUCAAUGAACAGGCAAACCUGCCUGAUUACCUGCUUGGAAGAAGAGACCAUUUGGUGCCUGACCCCACCAGCUGCUGAUUUGCUUAAUGAAGAUUCUCAAGACAUCUCUGUCAGAGUAAAUGUACUCAUUAGCAGUAGCUCACUUCAGGAUGUUCCUGUUGCAAGAAACAUCACCACCUUUUAUUACCAAAGAGCUUUGACACCUCUGAUUACCAGUGUUGAAACAGAAAUCUCAGCCAGCAGCCUGCUCUUGAGCAUCCAGGGGAUAAACAUCACUGGGUCUGUGGCCAAGCUUGGAGACAGUGAAUGUGAGCUUGAGUUUCAGCAUGGCAAUGAGUCUGCAUUGUUUUAUGAGUGCUCUUUACCACUGGGCAACCUGGAACCUGAGACUUACCCUGUGUGUGUUAUCCAGAGACAGCUCGGGUAUGCUCGUGUGACAGCAAGGCUGCAGACCCUCACAAUAACUCCAUGGAUAACCUCCAUAUUCCCAUCACAAGGGUCAAUCUGUGGUGGAAUGCUGCUUACUAUAGCUGGUGUUGCUUUAAAAUCCAGGAGGAACAUGGUACGGGUCAGUCUGGAUGGUAAUUAUUCCUGUGAGAUCCAGAGCUCUGAUAACGAUGCCAUUCAUUGCAUUGUCCUUCCAGGGGCGCAACUUUUGCCUUACCAGCAGUUGGCUGAGGCUUCUUGGGUUCUUAAUGUCACAGUGACUGUCAAUGGGAUCAGCAGUGUCUGCCCUGGGGACUGUACACUCCACCUUCACGAGCAGUCAACCCCCCUUGUGGAUCUGGUGGCCUGGGAGACCAACGGGACAUUCACCUAUGUGACAAUCACAGGGCAGAGGUUGGCAUGGCCAAGCGACAGCCCUGUGGUACAUGUGAAUAACCAGGUUGUCUGCAAGGUAACUUUCUGGAACGAGACCAGCAUCAAGUGCCAGAUUGACUGUGUUGCCCCAGGGGAGCAUGAAAUUUCCAUAUCCAACAGGAUAAAUGGGCAAGCUUGCUUCAGGAGGGCAUCUGGUGUUGUCACCAUCACACCCCAGGUGCACAGGUUUUACCCUCAAAACUUCAGCACCAACGGUGGAGGCCUGCUCACGUUGGCAGGCUCAGCACUGAGAGGAAAGAACAUGACUUCUGUUCUCAUUGAUUAUCACCCGUGCCUCAUUCUCAAUGUCACCUGUGUAGCUAUCCAGUGCAUGGUGCCUCCGGGCCAUGGCACUAGGGCUGUGAGGCUAAUGGUAGAUGGCACCUCCUAUGGCAUUGGAAGCAUAAGCUACAGCGAGGAGUUUACACCAACUUUCCUUUCGCUUGUUGCCACUGGCCUCCUUUUAACGAUGAAUGUAUCCCAUGUCACAGAGAUGGACACCAUCCAUGUAUUUGUUGGAAACUCUGCUUGUGGUGGUGUCAUCAUCACUCGCUCCACUUUGCAGUGCUCAGCUCCUCCACUCCACGCUGGAGAGUACCCUGUGCUGGGCCUGGAUGUCCCCAGGGGCUGGGCUUCCUCCAACCUGACGUUCUCCUCUCAGCUGGUGGUGACAGCUGUGUAUCACAACUGGGGUGGCUUGGCUGGAGGAGCGGUUCACCUGCAUGGAACUGGUUUUGACCCGGGGCAGACCUCGGUGACAAUCUGCGGCAUGCCUUGUGAAAUGUUGGACAACGCAAAGACGACUGACCUGAGCUGCCUUGCCCCACGCUUACACGCAUCCUUGGCCAUUCUCUGUGGCCUGACACAUUCUUCCGCUGACUGCCGAGAAGACAGAUCCACCUUCAUCGAAUGUGAUGUCCAGGUCACGGUGGGUCCUUACCAGCAGCGAGGAUCCGUGUCCUACCUGUACCUGUGUGAGGAUAGCCGACCUCAGUGGCACCAGAGGGACAGCGGCCCUUCCCAGAGGUGUUUGGCCGGACUUUUUGCCAGCCCUAAAGUGGAAAGAGAUGAAGUUCUCAUCUAUAAUAGCUCCUGUAACAUUACCAUGGAAACUGAGGCAGAGAUGGAGUGUGAGGGAGCUAAUCAGCCAAUUACCGCCAAGAUUACUGAGAUAUGGAAAAACUGGGGCCAGAACACUCAGCUCGCCCUCAGCUUUUGUGGUCUCUGGGCCGAGGACUCCAGCUGGCCUGCUGGCCACCCGCCGCGAGAUGGCGAUAGUGUCACGAUAGAAGAAGGCCGGACCCUGCUGCUGGGGACCACUACGGCCACCCUCAACCUGCUGCAUCUCAAAGGUGGCAAGCUCCUGUUCACUGGUCCAGGACCUGUAGAACUGCAUGCUCAUUCCAUUCUGAUAUCUGAUGGAGGAGAGCUCCAGGUGGGAUCCUCUGAGGCCCCUUUCCAUCACAAAGCACACAUCUAUCUCUAUGGAAGCCUCCAUUCUCCACCAAUGUUUCCAUAUGGGGCCAAGUUCCUGGCAGUGAGGAAUGGGACCCUCUCCAUCCAUGGCUGGAUGCCCAAAGUAGCUUUCACACAGUUGAAAUCAUCAGCUCUUGCUAACGACACACGAUUAGUACUCCAGGAACAUGUUGACUGGCAACCUGGUGAUGAAAUCAUUGUAAGAAGGACGGGCCUUGGAGAUGUACGGCAGAAAGAAGAAAUGGCCAUUAUUGAGUCUGUAAACAACACUGUGAUCUACCUUAGAUCACCCCUCAGGUACUCCCACAACGUUGGAGAGGAAAGGGUGAAUGGGCAGAGCCUGCCUUUGACUGCUGUGGUGGCACUGAUUAGCAGAAGGGUUGUUGUUCAAGGGAAUGUCACCAGGGAGAGGAGGUCCCACCUCAGAGAGUGUGCAAAAGCAGGUGUUGCAAGAGGUGGCUCCAGCUGUCUGUACAAGCGAAGUGAGAGGCAGCUGGGGUCCCGGGACCUGGGAGCCAUCGUCAUUGUGGAGGCUUUCCAGGGAGAGGCGAGUCAGCUGCGGGUGGAGGGGGUCCAAUUCCGCCACAUGGGCCAAACGUUUGGGGAGCACCACAGCGCCCUGACAGUUGUUGGCGAUGCAUGGAUGGCAGACUCUUACAUACGUGGCUGCUCUGUUUUGGACUCCUUUGGCCAAGGACUCCGUCUGGCCGGGAUCUCAAACCUUACUGUGGACAGUAAUGUCUUCUAUAACAUUUCAGGCCAUGGGCUUCUACUGGGAGAAGGACUGGAAAAGGGGAACAGAAUCAGAAACAACCUAGUGAUUGGCCUUUCUGGAACAGAGGGUUUAUCCAACAUUGAGACUCUGUCACCAGCAGGGAUCUAUGUCAGGGCUCCUGCCAACCACAUUGAGGGUAACACCGUGUGUGCUGCUGGGUAUGGGUAUUUAUUUCAUCUCUCCCCUGAGGGACCAUCCAAAAUGCCUCUCCUGUCCUUCAGUGAGAAUGUCGCCCAUUCCUGCACAAGGCAUGGAUUGCUCGUAUACCCAGAAUAUUUGCCAGACAGCCCAAAUGGCCCUGUUCAGUUCAACAGCUUCACAGCUUGGAGCAGCCAAGGUGGAGCCCAGAUUUUCAGGAGCAGCAACCUCAUACUCCGGAGUUUCCGGAUUUAUGCUUGCACAGACUUCGGCAUUGACAUUGUUGAAAGCCUGGGAAACACAUCUGUAGCUAAUAGUUUUUUAAUUGGACACAUUGGGCAAAAGGAUGGAACCUGCAUGUCUGCAGGACUGAAAACUCCGAAGAGAUACCAGCUAUUCAUCUCCAACACAGCUUUCAGGAACUUUGAUAUGAACACUUGCACAGCAAUCAGGACCUGUUCUGGCUGUUACCAAGGGCAGGGUGGGUUUACAGUGAGAGCUGAGCAUCUGACCUUCACCAACUCACCUUUCCAAGUGUCCUUCCCCUUUCCUCACUCUGCCAUCCUUGAGGAUCUUGAUGGAUCUGUCACUGGACAAGAAGGAAGUCGUCUUCUCCCUUCUACAGACAUCCUUGGGGCUUCAUGCACAGCCAGUGCCAAUUUCAGUCAAGCUUCUGGUGGCAGCGUUUGUGGCAGAGACCUUGUUUUCCACCGUAUGUCUCUUCAUUUAAAAGAGGCUCCAGACAUUCCCUAUAAUUUAACCGUGACUGACAGUAGGAAUAAGACAACCACAGUCAAUUACGUCCCUGAUACUUUAUCAAACCCAUAUGGCUGGAUGGUUCUUCUUUUGGAUAAAGAGACUUACACACUGACAUUUGACAACCCUUUGGUCAGCAAACAGCUCCAGUAUUCAGUGACAUUUAGCAACUUCACAACUGGGAAUUACUUGCUGGUGGAACACAAGGAUCUUCCUGCCCAUCCUGAGGUUAUAGUGUCCUGUGGAAAAAGAACUGGACAGCCACUCCAGUCACUGCCUUCCUAUGGUCAUCACAGGAACUGUGACUGGUACCUUGACAGCAGAUUGAGGAAGCUAACCUACUUGGUCACAGGAGCUGACAUAAUUCAGGUCACACUGAAAGAGAAGGAAAGAGUCCCUCUACCUACAUCAGUUCCUUCUGAUGCUGUCUUGAAAUGGUCGCACCCAGAGACAUGGAAGGAUGUAGAAAAAGGAUGGGGUGGAUUCAACUGCAGCAUCCCAGGCCCAGGGGAAGAUGUCAUCAUCUUACCUAACCGAACCAUCCUGGUGGACACAGAUCUUCCCCCUCUGAGAAGUCUCUACAUCCUGGGGACUCUCGAGUUCCCCACCAAUGCCAGCAAUGUCCUGAGUGCAGCUUGCAUCGUGGUGGUGGGAGGUACGCUGAAAGUGGGUUAUUUUCAACAUCCUCUAGAACGCGAAUUAAAGCUACUGAUCCUUCUUCGGGCAUCUGAAGGGAUUUACUGUGAUCGUCUGGAGGAAAUAAAUGUCCAUCCAGGGAGUAUUGGGGUUUAUGGAAAGGUGCAAAUUUAUAGUGCUUAUCCUGGGAAGUCUUGGACACAUCUUGGAAGUAACGUUGCUCCUGGCAAUGAAAGGCUUUUGGUGGACGAUGAAGUGGACUGGAGUCCUAGUGGAGAUAUUGUUAUCAGCUCUUCCUCCUAUGAAGCUCAUCAAGCUGAAGUAGUUACGCUUAAAGAAGUCAAUGGUCGUAGCAUAACACUCCAUGAACGCCUUCUGCACAGGCAUAUUGGCCAUUCCCAUGACACAGAAGACGGUAGACACAUCCGUUUGGCGGCAGAAGUUGGACUCCUGACACGGAACAUACAGAUCAAGUCUGAUGUGGCUUGCGCUGGGAGGAUGCUGGUGGGACAUUUUAUGGAUUCUAGUGGGAGAGAGUUUGAAGGUGUCCUUCAACUCUCAAAUAUUGAAUUUUUGAACUUUGGACCUCCUCAGCUUUCUGCCAUUGAAUUCAGGAAUGUAUCCCAACAGUCCUCGGUGGUGUCAUCCAGCAUUCAUGGUAGCUGUGGAGGUGGCAUCAAAGCAGUCAUGAGCAACUGGAUCCUGUUGCAUGAUAACAUGGUGUUCAACACAGUUGGACCUGGCAUUGAUUUGGAAGGGCAAAACCAUUCUCUCAUCAGGAACCUUGUUAUUCUGAGCAGGCAACCAGAGGGCUUGUUAAACUGGGUUGCUGGCAUAAAGGCGAACCUUGCCAUUGGUGUCUCCCUCUAUGGCAAUGCUGUGGCAGGAUCUGAGCGGAUUGGCUUCCAUAUCAGGGGCCAAGACUGUUUGCUAGAUGGAGAGUAUUGCAGUGAAAAUGUGGCCCAUUCAAAUCUCCACGGAAUUCAUCUGUACAGGGGAGAUGGUUUUCCGACCUGCACUAGAAUCACAGGUUUUCUAUCUUACAAGAAUUAUGACUAUGGUAUGAUGUUCCACCUUGGAAGCAGUGUCGUUAUGGACAAUGUAGUGCUGGUGGACAACACCGUGGGUCUCAUGCCAGUAUUAUAUUGUCUCUAUGCCAAGCAGUGUCACACAGGGAAAAGAUUCCUAGAACUUAGAGACUCUCUCAUUGUCGCAACAAGCUCAACUUUUGACUGCAUCAGUGACAGGAUCAAGCCUCAGGCAGCUGACCUAACUUCCAGAGAUCGACCACCAUACUACCCCCGAAGAGGCCGUGUUGGGAUUUUAUGGCCUACAUUUACCACUAUGUCCAGCCAGAGGCCAGAAAACCCAUGGCACAAAAUUGUUCAUUGUCCAAAAGUGCUGGGACUCAUGAAGCUGAAAGAUGUCACAUUUACUGGUUUUACAAAGAGCUGCUAUAGUGAAGACAGGGAUGUCUGCAUCAUGUCAAAUGCUGACCAUUUAGGUAUCAUGCCCCUUAUCACAGCGGAGAGAUCGAGGAUGUUACAUGUCAAUGAGAAGGACAAGUUUUACUUCCAUCCAGCAAGCGUACAGAACUCUGAAGACACCAUGUUCCCCGAAAAGAGUUGCAAAGGUUCGAGGAAGGCCCUUUUCAAGGAUUUGGAUGGAGGUGUCCUGGAGCUGGAACCACCUGUUUCUGUUUUCCCAAAGUCAGAAUUUGAAUGGACACAGUUCUACUUGCAAGCUGGAAUUUACAGAGAUGACAACAAGUGUAUCUUCAAGCCCUCAGUACAAGGCUACUUCUGUAAACAGGCAGAUCAUGCUCUUGUCAUCCUUGAAAACUUGGACGCCACCACGGUGAACCAGGAGCUGUUCCCAGUGGUAGCAGUGACAGACAGCUUUAUGGACACCUUCAGUGAUGCAUCCUGUUAUCCUGCAGAGCAUCCUUCUACCUUCUUUUCUGUACUGCCAUCCACCAAACUCACCACAGUUUGCUUCCCGGACCUAACACCUCUGACUUUCAGGCUCUCCCUCCUCAGUGGCCAGAACUCAACCAGACUUCCCCUGGCUAUUUUCUACAAUGAACCUCUCAGCCUUCGUGUUUUCGUUCAAGGGAAAUAUGUUUCUCCAACCCCGUCUUCAUUCUCAUGGAACGAAGGGGCAGGAGCCAAUUACUUCAGCUUUGAGGACAAUCUCCUCUAUGUUCUUCUCCAUGAGAAGGAACCUGUAGAAAUAGUUGCUGGCCUUUCCCUUCACAUAGCUUUCACUGUGAGUGAGGCCAUUGGGGAAGAAGGUGAGGCAAAUAUAAUGCAUCAAUUAGCUGAUUUCUUGCAGGUUGGUCAUGACCAAAUCAGAGUAGUCCAUCACAUACCAGGAGCUGAAAGCAUGUUGAAGGUCAUCUCAGACAAUGCAAGCAAAAAGAAAUAUCACUGCCCUAACAUUACAUUUUGCACAGCCUUUCAUAGAAGGUCUGGCUCACUCAACGUCGGGAGAGGACCAGUGAGCACCCGAGCUCUGCAGCCAUCUGAUGCAGCUGGUCCAUCAAGAGUGCUGAUUAUUGAACUUGGUGAUCCACCAGGCCACCAAAGAACUGAGUCUGAGGGUUCAUUGUCAAUUGACAGCUUGAAGACUUUAGCCAGAACAAUUAUCAAUGCUCACCAAACUGGAGACCUGGACUUACCAGCUGAUACUUUAAUGGUGACUCAGCCUGACUUCCUCUCCCCAGGAGGAGAUAACAGUGGCAGACAACACCCAGGAACAUGUCUGUAUGUGAGACCCUAUAAAAUCUCUGUUCGGGUGCAGCCCUCAGAUGGAGAAAUUGGAAAGCAGCUUCCUGUACAGCCGCAAAUCAUUUUCCUGGAUAAGAAGGGUCGAAGAGUUGAAGAACUGGGACCUCCCUCAGAACCCUGGCUUGUAUCUGCUCACCUCAAGGGCUCCUCCAAGGCUGUGCUAAAAGGGCUCACUGAAGUGCAGGUCAUAGAUGGAUGUGCGAGCUUUUCCAGUCUGGCUGUGUCUGGCUCAGGCACAAACUGGAACCUUGUAUUUACGGUCACAUCACCACCAGGAGCUAAGUUCAUUGUGCUGUCUCAGCCAUUUACCAUCUUCCCUGUGCCCAUGGGAGAGAAGGCCAGCUUGAUACUUGUUGUCUUGCUGAGUGCAGUAGCUUCUGCAUUCGUCCUCACUCUUGUGUUCUGCUGGUUCAAGAAGAGCAAAAGCAACAAAAUGAGGACUAAACAGGCUGAUAUACCACAAGCCAGUACCAAGGCACCCCAGAAGCAAGCACAGCCUCAUGCACCUCGCAUCCAGCCUUGCCACAAUCCAGGAGAGAAUGAAAGGGGUGUGCCUGUAGCAAGAGGUGAGACUUUUUGCUUUUACAGAAAUGAAGAAACCAGAGCAGUAGGACAUGCUACCGUACAACUGAAGGAGAUGAGCCUGCAGCCCUAUGAAGAUAAGACAGUGAGAAUGAACACACUCCAGCGUAAGACAAGUAACAGAGACAUCUUUUCUGCAGCCAGGAAAAGUACAGGUCACCAACAGCAAUGUAGAGGAACAUCUCUUGGUGACUCUCAGGAACUUCAGCAGCCAACGGUCUAGGUGUGCCCUGCCCAGAAAGAUGUGCCCCAGCCUUCAGGUGGUUACGAUGAGGAAAGAGGGUUGGAUACGAUGCCCAAACCUCAGAAUGAUGUCAGGGAGCAGAUUGUCAUGGAAGCAGCAGCAGAAGUAUAAUAGAAGUCAUGUCAAAUGGUGGACUACUGAAAAGCAAGCUUUGCCUGGCUUCCAGUCAAUGCGAAGUUGAGUUUCUUGUCUCCAUGGUCAGAUAAACACCCAUAUUCGAUCAGGGAAACAAACUGUUGUGCUGUGCAUGUACAAGUAAACUUGCGACCUGGCUCUGAGGCAACAGGGAGACUUGGCCACGUCUAUGCUACUAAACUGUCUUAGCUUCCAAAACAAGCAGGUGUGACGACGCAACCUGUUGAGAACAGUCCUUGGCUUCUGAUACCUCUAUUAACUCUCUCUAAGACUUGCUGGGAGGAGUGCUAGCUGGGUCUGGCCAAAAGCUUUCAGGGAUUAAUUAGCCUAGCAAUUCAACUGCAGAUAUUGGAAUUUCUGUACCUGCACCCUGAUGCUAUUUAAUAUGCUAACAUCAGUGUUGUCUUAGAGGCUAGAGCAAUGCUGAUUGUAUGUGUGUGCAUGUACGUAUACAUGCAUACAUAUAUGUAUAAGAAUUCCCCAUUUCUUCUGAUCUUCCCUUUCCAAGAUCUUCAGUAUGUGUGUAAACCUUUCUUUUCCUGAGCAAAACCAAAUAAACAUGUAUCAA